CGCUUGGCGGAGUGUGCCUUAACAGACACUUCGUUCUUGGAGCCAUGGACAUGGAUUGUUUGAGUGCGACUUCAUGCUAGACAUGUUUGAGGAGGAGCCCGCCGAAGCGGCCGCGAUCGUCUUUGGCAGUUCCACCGGACGAGCGACGCAGGAGCAGGAGCUCUACCGGACCCCUGGCCCUGCCCAUUAUGAGGUGCUGCAGAAGGAUCGCUCCGUGAGCCUCGGGGAUCCCAGCUUCAGGUCUGGGCUACAUCGCUUGGAGGGCUUGAGAUCCAAGAGCCAGGUGCCGGGCCCUGGACAAUACGACGUGGUGCCACCACACUCCUCCAGGCGCUCCAGUCGCGCCGGGCCAAAUCGCCCUCGAUUUGUGCACCUGGCACAUCCGCGGAGACGAGUGAAGGAGGAGGAGAAGGUGGAGCUGUGCGUGACCUCUCAGGCCUUCUGCAGACGGCUGAUUUGUGGACGGAGCGUGGAGGAGCAGCGCUUGGCCUCGCGGAAGCGCAUGAAGAGUCUACUGAUGUCCCAUGGGGACUCGAUCCCAUCCUCCUCGCGUGUGGACGAGGUCAUUUGGAUUGGGACUCAUUCGAAGGACAUGCCCUCCAAAAGGCCCAGACCGAUGGGCAAGGUGGUGCCUCCCAGCUCCGCUUUUGCUUCAGGCACUGCGCGAUCCAGCGUUUUUCAACGUGAGGAGCAACCAGGCCCAAGCCCAGCCGAUUUUAUUCCGUCUUCACCCUUCGAUGAGCGUCCAGCGCACACGGGCAUGCAGGCGCCGUUUGGCGCCCGCUCGGCGCGGCAGCCGGCUGCCGCGCGCGGCGGCAGUCCAGAUCUGGGUCCAGGCUGCUAUGACUUGGACGUGCCCUUGCGUGCCAUGCUGGAGCACCGGCGCAGCCCGUCGCCCGUCUUCCGGAGCCCGCAGUUUGGCGCUUUGCAUCGGGAGGAGUGCCGGACGCCAGGUCCAGGCGACUAUCGCGACGCGGCCCAUAUCGCUUGGGAAGAGGCGUCCACUCAGGCACCCAGCUCCGCGGCCGCUUCCACCACGCCUCCCUUGGGCUUCGGCAGUCGCACAGAUCGCGCUUGUGCUAUCUCCACACCACCGAUUGACGAGAGGGAAGUGAUCCCACCCGACCCGUUGAGACGUUUGAACGUCAUGACCAGGAGAGCCUUGCGCCUUGCCCAUGAGGGCCUUCAUCGCCCAUGCUCGCCAGCGCCUGGCGACUACGGACCAUGUACUAUAGCUGGCGAGAUCCGGAACUUCCCUCCGGGCAGCUGUGGAGAAUGCAACCUGAAGAUGAGGUGUUCAACUCGACCGAGCCGCGCUGGAGGUGUUCCGACUUGCCGGAAGACCCGAAGACUCCAGGGCCCGCCUUCUACCACCCAAUGCCUUUGCGCAGCCCCACGCCGCCGGCACACGACUUUAGUUCUUCCACUGUGCAAAGGUUUACGGAUCCGCCCAGGGACGAAGUUGAGAGCGAGGAGACAGACCUGGACUUCGUGUUGGAGGGCUGGAGACCUCAGGCGAGAUAUCUGAACCAUGGGAACGGUCGCCCCUUUGCACGGAUUUCCUGAGGAGACCGGAGUUCCGG